CCCUUCGGGGUCGCGGCGGGUGCUGAUGUUCCCGCUGGUCCACGCCACGCCCCCUUGUUUGCGGAUGACGUCACGUGACGAAGACGGACAAGUUGGUGAAAGUUGUAGAUGAUGAUAAUGAAGUGAAAGGAAGAAAUGUUUGUCCGAAGUGAGCCGACGCUGGGACCGAACCCGAACCCCCCACCCCCGAAAGGUCCCGGACGCACCGGCGCGCGCCUGCAGGAGGCGAUGGAGCCGUGAGCCGAACCCGAGCCGAAGCGAGACGAGCCCGAGCAGCCGAGCGAGGCGAUGCUGCAGAGUGGACCGAGUGAAGAAGACUCCUGUCGCGCACACGCCUCACACGCACUUUUCUCAGCUUUGGACCGCGCGCGCACGCCCAGCAUGGAGCCCGACUCGUCGUGCGCGGGAGGAUGCCGACGCACGCGGCUGGCGCGCGUUCUGCUCCUGCUGCACCUGAUCGCCGUGCACGGAGGCGUCAUGGCGACCAACUCCACCCAGCUGGACGCCGCCACCGCCGGCAACGAAACCGCCGCGCUUGGCGAGCAGGAGGGCGCCGCUGAUGUGGUCGCUGUGGCAACCGGCCCGAGCGCCUGGGUGGCGCCCGACGUUGUCGUCGCCGUGACCCCGAGAGCGGGCCGCGUGCCUCGUGCCGGAGGGGCGGACGAAGUGGGCAGCGGCUUGUUUGGUGAUGCCGUGCAGGAAGUGGGCGUGGCCUCACCCUCGCAAAUCAGCCCUGAAUCGGCCGAAACGGAGCUCCUGUUGCCGGGCGACCCUGUCAAACAGAACGUGGGAGAAGAGCACAGCGACCCCCCGUGGAUCCACGACAAGGACAUCGCCGUCUUUGACCUGGACCCGUCCUUCACCAGCGCCGCCACCACCCGCCCCCCCAACCCCGAUGUCCUGCAUGUGGACUUCUUUGACCCGUCCUCCCGCGGACGCAACCUGGACUUGGCUGCGCCCUCCCCCUCGUACCCGGCUCACGAGCUUCAGGGCGGCGACCCGACUUCCUGGGCCAUGCCGGACAACUACGACUACCUCACGCCGUACGAGGACGGGGCCUCGCCCACGGCUGACGAGUACACCGACGCCACCACCGCCGCCGCCGCCGACGCCUACGAGAGCGACGGCUCUCCGGUUCGAUCCAGGCCGCGGGGUCCGAGUCCGGUCAGGCCGAACUCCCCCGCCGGUGUGCCCCCGGCCGCGGUCCCACUGGACGGUUCCGAUGGAAUGGGCGGGUGUCGGGUGGGCUUCCUGCUGGUCAAUGCCUCAUGCCGCUCGCCCUGCGACUUUGUGCCCAACUACUGCUACAACGGAGGACAGUGUUACCUGCUGGAGGGCGCCGGAACUUUCUGCAGGUGCAACGUGCAGGACUACAUCUGGCACAAGGGCGCUCGCUGCGAGGCGGUGGUGACGGAGUUCCAGGUGAUGUGCUUGGCGGUGGGCACGUCGGCCGUGGUGGCGCUGCUGCUGUUCAUGAUGGUGGUCUGUUUCGCCAAGAAGCUGCACGUGCUUAAGACGGAGAACAAGAAGCUGCGCAGACGCAGCAGUAAGUACCGGCCCACGUCGGAGCAGCACAAUGAUAAUUUCUCGCUGUCCACCAUCGCUGAGGGCUCCCACCCAAAUGUAAGGAAACUGUGCGACACCCCUCCUAACGCCCCCCAUGCCCGUGCAUUGGCUUACUAUGAUAACAUUAUCUGUCAGAAAACCAUGAGCAGAUACACGUGGGAGUGUAAGACCAAAGAGGAGUCCGACUGCGAGGAUGACCCUACUUCCCAGAACAAGUUGGAGGAUGCGGUGAAGGCCCCGCCCACGGAAGACGAGUCCCUGAACAUCCACAACGCUCUGACCCCCAAACACGACAACCACAAGCUGCUGGGGGAGGACAACUCGUCCGAGGUAAACUCUCUGCAGAACAACAUGAUGUGAAACUUUAACCGUCACCUUCACGCCACUCGGGGUACACCAGGCCCACCGAUUCCCGUCCUCCCCCUCUUUCGCAACCCCGCCCCUUUUUGCUGUCACAUGAGUACCCCUUACCUGUCUCACCACACACACACACACAUACACACACCUUCCUUGCCUGCAUUGUUGUAUUUUGUAAAAAGAAUUCCAAGGUGUGUAAAAGAAGAAGCUAGUGAGAGCUUUGAUGUUUGUUAUUAAUCCAGUGAUGUUUUGAAUAUUGCAAACAAACACGACGUGUCUUUUCUUUCAUUUCUAACCCUUUCUUGUACUUCUUUUUAUUUGAUACUCUUUUCAACCGACAACAAACCACACUUGUUAAAAUAAACCUUUUUAACAUCA